CCCACAGAUAGACACACUUCGAGUUGAGCAGCCUCCAGCAGCAUCACAACCAAGCAAGCCCCAAGCCCCAAGCCCAAAACAAAACAAAAAAUACAAUAUGAAGUUCUUCGCAUUCGUCGCUGUCUUCGCUGCUGUCUUGUCGCUGGUCUGCGCCCAAACGCCGACAGGAACUGCAACUCCGACAACAGCGACAUCGCCGACAUCACCGACAUCGCCUACGACAACCACCUACACGUACACGACGUCACCCACUUACACCACCCCAACCGUCACGGUAACAACAACAACCGCCAAGCCCUUCAAGCAGGCGCUCUUGUCGCUGCUGUUCAACAAGAAGUCCGGAUAGAGACCUGCCACUCCGACCACCGAUCCCGCCGAUUAGUAGGACGCCAAUGAUUUGAUAAGCCAAACAAUAAUAAAAACAACAA